AGAUCCUAUGCGUUUCUGCUCGUCUUUCUAGGGUUUCUGAACUUCUCCCUUCUUUGAUUCCUCCCUUUGUUCCCAAGCAUGUUCCAGGGUGGUUGCUGUUUGGUUUCCUAGCAAAUUUUGGCCUUUUCCAGUGAUUUUUUUUUUUUUGUUUGUCCUUCUUUCUUUGCACCUGGAAAGAUGAAACCUCGUUUCUUUCCUAGAAAAUUUAGGAUACUUUCUUUCUGGGUUUUCCUUCUUUUUCUGUGCUUUUAAAAACUUCCUCUGAGUUGUCAUUAUUAAUCUCUUCAGAAUUUGUAAUUUUUCUUUGCAAAGGUUGAAACUUUAGUAUUAGCUACACACUGCAUAACUACUCAAUAUAUAUCUGGGGACUUUGCUCAAUUUUGAAGAUGGUGAGAGGAAAAAUUGUGAUGAAAAGGAUCGAGAAUGGAGCAAGCAGACUAGUGACCUUCUCGAAGCGUCGAAAUGGGCUGCUUAAGAAGGCUUUUGAGCUAUCUGUUCUCUGUGAUGUCGAAGUGGCAGUUAUCAUCUUCUCACAAAAUGGAAAACUUUAUAAGUUCUCAAGCUCCGAAAUGACUCUCAUGAUAUGCUUUGCUGCUGGAACAAAUCCAUUUGGGUGCAUUUUGCCUUUCUCAAACAUGUCUAUUAGGGUUUGCAAAAGCUUCACUGCUAGGAACUAAAAACUGUAAUUCUAGUUUUUAGCCUGCGUGCCACCAUUUCUUUUUCAUUAGAUGAAUAAAAAAUUCUAUUAAUU